AUGACUCUAGACGUUGCAGAGUUGAAGUCAAGGUUGCACAAACAGUCUGAACUGAUAAUGAUUCUGAAGUCAAGAGCUGAUUCUGAAAUGGAGAAUCGCAAGCUUGCGGAGUGUAAACUGCUGUCCGAAUUGAAAAGAAAUGAAGAUCUUAGGGAACAACUUGCACAGUGUCAGCAAAAAGCUUCUGAUGCUGAAAUUAAUAAUCGUGUAUUGAGAUCUACUUUGGACAGUCUAAGUUUUGAGUUGCUUUGCCAAACGUCAACUAAAAAGUCAGGUGAUAUUUUAAAGACAGAUGCAUGUAUCCAAGCUGAGCCUGAAAAAAAUUUUCAAGAUAAAAGUAUCAACACCCAGCGGAAUGAUAAAGAACGUAUUGAUGUUUAUCGUGAUAAGCUCAGGAGACUCAGAGAAAGAAGUAACGAGCUUUCUGGUUCGAUAAAUCAAGUAAAGUCGUUCUACUUGGAAAACCAAAAGACGUUGCGAAUCAGUUUGGAAGGUUUAAUAGCAUUAAUAACUACAAAAGACAGCAUUCAUCUCAGGACAAGCAAAGACUACCACGAUGACUGUGUCAAAUGGGAAAAUGAAAGAAAAACAUUGACAUCGCAGCUAGAAGAUGAAAGGAUUUUGAACAACGAUAUUCGUACGAAAUUGGACAAAUCAUAUGCAGAUAAAUCAAAACUGGAGGAUACCAUAAAGAAACUGAAAGAACAAAGGGAACGUGAAAUGAAGGAAUUCAAUGCAAAUAAACGUGUAAAAUGUUUGGAAGAGGAACUUAUCAAUUCUAGGCUAGAAAUGGAACAAAUGAAACAGAAGGAAGGUUUUCACACUAAAUCGUGA